AUUCCUUAAAACGAUUGACAAUUGAAGAAAUGAUGGAAAAUCUAGAUCCCAAAGAAAUUAUAGUGGCAGAGAAAAAACGUGAAGAAAUGAUAAUAAAUUCUAGAAUUUCACUUGUAGAAAAAUCGGGAUUUGAACAUCCAAAGUCUGUUUAUUCUAGUAGAAAAUUGGAUUCUUUAAUAGAUUCUUCAAAG